CUUCACAGAACAAUAUUCUCCAUCUCAAACCCUCUCUCUCUCUUCCACAUCACACAAACCAAACUCAAAGCAAUAUUCUCCACUAACAUCUCUCACACCUUCUAAACUUAAUCCAGUGAAACUGAGAAUCCAAGAUAUUGAAAAUGAGGAACUUGUUCUUUAGAUCAGCAUCUCCAUCGCCUUCAAACUCUCCAUCCAGAAGCACCAUACCACCUUCCUCACCUCGCCACAGCUUCUCCGACUCGUUGAUGGAGGAGAACAUUGAAAUCGCACAGACUCUUAUCACGAAAUGGGACUCUUCCGACGCCUCGUCUUAUACAAAGAUCACCUCUCUCUUCUAUGACAACCGCCAGGAAGCCAAGCUGUAUCUCAAAUGCGUCACGGACUUACAGUCGGCCAUGCACCACUUCGUUAAUUCUCCAGACUCCAGCGCGGAAAAGCUAAUUAAGGCCCAAACUUUGAUGCAGACGGCCAUGAAGAGACUUGAGAAGGAAUUUUACCAGAUUUUAUCGGAUAACAGAGAGAAUCUAGACGCCGAGACAGUGUCGUCUAGCCGCUCUUCUGAAUCGAGGGCCUCCCCUCCCCGAACCCCGACUCGGUCCAGCGUUUCGGAUUUGGAAUCUGAAUCCGAGGACGAGUCGACAUUUCUGGAAGGGGAGCAAAUUGCCACUAUUCCUAUGAAGGAUUUGAAAUCCAUCGCGGACUGUAUGAUAUCCGCCGGCUAUGGAAAAGAGUGCGUCAAGAUCUACAAGAUCAUCAGAAAAUCGAUUGUGGACGAAGGACUGUACCAUCUCGGAGUCGAGAAGCUGAGCCUCUCUCAGGUUCAGAAGAUGGACUGGAAAGUUCUGGAGACGAAAAUCAAGUACUGGCUUAACGCCGUCAAAGUCGCCGUGAAAAAUCUCUUCUACGGCGAGAGGAUGCUCUGCGACUAUGUCUUCUCCGCCUCCAAUUCCAUAAGGGAGUCUUGCUUCAGCGAGAUUUCCAAAGAGGCCGCCAUGACACUGUUUGGCUUCCCGGAAUUGGUGGCCAGAUGCAAGAAAUCUCCAGAGAAGAUGUUCCGGACUCUCGAUUUGUACCAGGCCAUAUCCGAUUUGUGGCCGGAAAUCGAGUCCAUAUUCUCGUUCGAAUCAACCUCGGCCGUCCGAUCUUUGGGCGUUAGCUCUCUCAUCAAACUCGGCGAGGCCGUCCGGACGAUGCUCGAGGAUUUCGAAGCUGCCAUUCAGAAGGACCAUUCCAAAACCGCUGUCCCAGCCGGUGGGGUCCACCCUCUUACGCGUUAUGUCAUGAAUUACCUCACCUUCCUAACGGAUUACACCGAAAUACUCGCCGAUAUUUUCGCCGACUAUCCGCUGACGCUUCAGACCCCGUUGCCGGAAGCCUACUUCGGCUGCUAUGACGUCGAUGAGUCGCUGAUUUCAGUACGGAUCGCUUGGCUGGUUCUUGUGCUGCUCUGCAAACUGGACGGUAAGACCGAGCUGUACAAGGACGUGGCACUUUCCUAUUUGUUCUUGGCCAAUAAUUUGCAAUAUGUUGUCGCUAAGGUUCGUAACUCCAACCUCAAGUACUUACUCGGCGACUACUGGGUCGGCAAGCACGAGUCCAAGGUCAAACAAUACGCCGGCAACUACGAGCGCAUGGGAUGGAGCAAGGUUUAUGCUUCAUUGCCGGAAAAUCCAACGGCUGAGAUUUCCUCCGACCAGGCAAAGAAAUACUUCAAGCAAUUCAACGCAGCGUUUGAGGAAGCGUACAAGAAGCAAUCCUCAUGGGUCGUGACGGACCCGAAACUCCGAGACGAGCUCAAGGUUGCGGUUGCGAAGAAGCUGGUGCCGGCUUACCGGGAGUUUUACGAGAAGCAUAGAGUCGGGUUGAGGAGGGAGUGCGGAGUGGACUCAUUGGUCAGAUAUGCCCCUGAGAAUUUAGAUAAUUACUUGUCGGAUUUGUUGUAUGGGGCCUCAGGGGCAGGGAGCGUUUCGUCAUCUUUCUCGAUGUCGUGUUCGAAUUCACAGGGUCGUUGAGACGUUGAGGUCAUCGGCCCUUUCGGAAUCAUUGGUGGCGUUUAGUGAAUAUUAGGAAACAUUAGGACAACAGAAAGAAAAAAAGUUGUAAAGAAUUAUUAUACAAUGUGCAUGCAUAGUGAGUGUGAUACUUUAUAGAAAUUGAAUAUUGAUACAUGAAUUCUUCUUUGUUUUGAAAAGAAA